GCGCUGCAUUCUUGUAAAGAAAACCUUUCGGCACUCUGCUGUUUUGCCGUAGGGAGCCAUUAAGGUAAAUGCCGUGACUGCCGCUGCUGAUUUUCGCUUCAAUGAGUCUCGCAACAAUGUCAAUCUUUGCGGUCAUUCUGCUGGCGUCAGGAGCACCCAUCCCACUAGGCCCUCCCACUGGUGAUGUUGAAGAUCGAACGUGGCUCGAAGUUGAGUGGGCAGUGGAAAGAGCCGGACACAUUGAAGGGGACAAUGUUUCGCCCGAAGGCCGCUCCUUGCAAGUGAACGCCAUUACUAUAAAGCAGUUGUUGUGGCCCGGAGCAACCAUUCCUUACAUGAUAUCCCCUGAGUUGAAAAAUCAAUAUGAGUUAAUCAGGAAAGCCAUGGACUCGAUAGAGAACGUAACAUGCGUUCGCUUUGUUGAACGCACCAACGAGAAAGACUACAUCAGAAUAUUCAGCGGCCGAGGUUGCUAUGCUGGGGUCGGCCACCAGCACGGAGUACAGCCGGUGUCGCUCGGACAUGGCUGCCUUUAUCUGAGCACUAUAGAGCACGAGCUUCUCCACGCAGUUGGGUUCUUCCACGAGCAGAUGCGGCCAGACAGGGACCAGUACAUCACCAUCAUCACGGAAAAUAUCGACCCCAAGUACGUAUCCCAGUUUCAAAAGUUGCACCCUGGCCCAAACGACAACUUUGUCCCUUUCGACACCGAUUCGGUCAUGCUAUACGGUGGACAUGCGUUCGCCCGUCAGCAAGGACUUACCACUAUGACGGCAAAAGACGGAACGGUGUUGAUUCCCCUCUACAACAAAACAGGGCUAAGCGACACUGAUAUCCUCAGCGUUAACAUCCUCUACAACUGCCCCAACUAGCGCCUCGGGCAAGCGUCAAGGAGUAGUUGUCGACAUUGAAUUCUAAAU